AUGGAAGAAGCCAUGGACACAUUUGAAAGCAAUUGCGUCGAUCUUGACACUUUCACCCUCUAUACUGCUAGCAUGCAUGAUGCGAUUCAAUCCGGGUCUCAGAUGGCAGGCCUCACCUCGGUCCUCUCGCUCAAUAUACAGAUCGCACCCGCCACCGGUAGCCUGUUAUUUUCCUCAUUCGAAAAAGCUUCUAACGUCUUAGAUGUCCUCUCCAAAGUUGCAUCCCUUGCGUAUCGAAGAGUCACCGAGCUGUGUCGUCCAGUCCCAUGA